CCUCCCUCUUACCGUGGCAGAGUUUAGCGAUCAGUAGCAAAUCAGCAGGAGCGUUUUUACUUUUCUGGAGCAGGCAGGUCACACGAUGAAUGGAAGCCCAGGCCACCGAGCGCACUGUUGUUGUUUGCGUUGACGCAGGGGGAAGUGAUUGCGGGAGCCCGCUUUCUACGCAGAGAGAAACUGGUUUGGUUACACAGCUUGGUGAAAGGAUGACUACUUCAUUUGUUCCUAUACCACUCCCUGUGGGGACUUCCUCCUCUGGUCCACCUGCAAACAGAAGUCGGAGGAGUUCUUCGCUUCAGUCUUUGGACAGUGCGUCCACCAGUUCAAACUCGCCGAAAGGUCAAGUGGGCAGUUUACAUUCUGGUGGGUUUCGAAAGACUGUUACGUCUGAGCACCUUGCUGCCACAAACUUGCUCAAUAACAACAGUCCCUUAUUGAGAACAAAACUCAAUGGUACAAACCCAACAAUUGAAUACUCCUCCAGACCUGUGGAGUCUGAGAAAGAGACUGACUCAACAAAUUGGGACGAGAGACCACCCACGCCUACCAUGUUGGGAUAUGAAGUUAUGGAAGAAAGAGCAAAAUUCACAGUUUACAAAGUGCUUGUGAAAAAUCAUCUAGAAGAAAACUGGGUGGUUUUCAGGAGAUACACAGAUUUUUCACGACUAAAUGAUAAGUUGAAGGAAAUGUUUCCUGGUUUCCGCCUCGCACUCCCUCCCAAACGCUGGUUCAAGGAUAAUUACGACACCAACUUUCUGGAGGAACGUCAGCUUGGACUCCAGGCAUUUCUGCAAAAUCUGGUAGCUCACAAAGAUAUCGCUAACAGCACUUCGGUGAGAGAGUUUUUAUGUCUGGAUGACCCGCCAGGUCCCUUUGACAGUCUAGAAGAGAGCAGGGCAUUCUGUGAAACUUUGGAAGAAACUAACUACAGACUGCAGAAGGAACUUGCUGAUAACCAGAAGGAAGUAGAGGCUUUGAAGAAAUUACUGGACGAAAAACAUCUUCAUAUAGAAUUUUUAGAAAGUAGAGUAAGGGAAUUGUCCUUGGAACAAGAAAAUACCCGGCGACCUUCAGGCCAGGAGAGUGAAUGUAGUGGCGAAGUUGAGUCUUCUGCAGUAGAAGCUGACCAAGCUGUUAUAGAGGAUGACAGUUUGGGAAUGGAGUCUGAUAAAGAGCAAUCUGCAGCCUGCCACAACAGCCCUGUAACUGAAACAUCGUCAGUAGAAGAAGCCCAAGCUGCUGAAGAAGACAUAGAACAGCAAGCAAAUGCUGAUGGUUAACUUUGCUGGCAAUACGUUAUAACAAUAGCUGUAGCUGGAAUACAGCAUAAAGGCUUUGUCUCUAGUUAUUGUCUGUAUGUUUUUAGGAUAUGCCAUUCUUCCAUAAUUAGAUAUCUCAAUAUGUUUGCUUAAUGCAACAGGUUUUAUCGAUCUGCUCUGCUGGGCUUCCUUGUGCAAUUAAGAAUAGCUCAAUCACUUAUUCACUAAUUGGGCUGUUGGUUCUAUCGUGGAUGCAUUCUGUUUUAUAACAUUUCAGUUUUCAGUAAGGUACAUUUUAGUGUGCGUCUGGAAAUAUGUGCAGGAAUAAGUAUGUUAAUUUGCAUUGCAGAAUGUUUCAAAUUGCAUUACAAUUUAAGUAAUCCAAGCCAUUGUAGCCCCUGCGACAUAAAAGCAAAGUUGUUUUUUUUGCCAGGAAUAUGUAAGUGAAAGAGUUUGAAUGUUCUGUAUACUUCCAAUGAUAUUGGGGUUUCAUCAAACCCAAAGAGCCGGAUUUCAAUGGGCCUCAGAAUGAUCUGCAUUGAAAUUGAAUGUUUGAACGUCAUCUAAGCAAUUGGGUUGCUUCAGAUAACGGGCACAACGUGGUUUCGUUUUAGUUUUGUUCCACUGAACCUUGCAGAAUUUGUAUAGAAAGCAAAUGUGAAAUGUGUCACUUUUCCCAAACUCGCUAGGUUAAUGUCAAAAGAUGUUAGAAUCGACAUUCCCAAUAUAUGUGGCAGUAGCUGAAGUUCUGACAAGAGAAGGAACCAGGUCUUGUGGUGCACUUUGUGUUUGAAUGUUCUAUCAAAUAUUGUUGGUAGAAGACACUUUAGAUGUAUGGUGCCUUUUAUAACUGUUGUUACAAUCGAAGUAACUAGUUUUGCUUCAUUAAUGUUGGUUCAUUAAGGUUGCAUGUCUUGGUUAUGCUAAGUGCCUUGUUUUACUGGAUUUGCAGGAGCUGUAACCACAUUUGUCGAUUGCUCUUAUUUCAUUCGUCCUGCUUCAAUUAAUAUUUGUUGCUGAGAAUUUAUUAUUGGCUAAUUACAAAGCCAGGAUAUAGGAUAUUUAGAGUAAACCAGAACUGCCUGUUUUAAAAAAAAAAAAAGGAAUAUCUUUUAAUUUAUGCUAGUAGUUGAGAUUGAGUUGCAAAGCCCCUAAAGAUGGACUUUUUACUGGAGAGUGGUUGUAAUCUUCCACUGGAUGUCUUGGGUCAUGUUUUGUUUUACAUUGUGUGCCAAAUUUGUGAAGAUUUUACUGCAUGAUUUAAAUUACAGGUAACUAUAUGUCUCCCCACCACAUGAAGAUCAUUUGUUUGGAAACAAAUACAGCUUUUUGAAAUUUGCAUGUUUCAAUUGAAGUAUGCUGUUUUAUUUUAAAAUAAAGAUUUUUUCAUUUGACAUUCA